UCUCUGAAAAACUUUAGUUUAUUCUUGGGUUUUUCCGAUUUUUCUCCUUCUCCAUCGCUUUUUGAGUUUCGGCCCCUUUAGUGUCUAUCUUCUUUUAUUAUUUUCUUUUUUUCAUUUUUGAUCCAAGUGUGGUGGAUUGGAAAAAAAAUCUAGGAAUCUGUCAAUGUCUUGGUGCUGUCACUUGUCACCAACUUCAAACCAGCUUGUGCUUUGCGAGAUUUGUGCGCUGUACGUGUUCUGUUUCGUGUUUUAAUAUUGGAAUUCUGAUUUUUUAUUUUUUCCCAAAGGGUACUCCAUCGGAUUUGCUUGUGUUCUGGGAUUUUUUCGCGUAUGGGUUUUUCUCCUCUGGAGGUCGUAUGAUGUUCAAGGUAAGGAAUUAAGCUCAAAAGACCCUAACUUCAGUUCCAGCUAAGCUCAAACGAUCCAGUUUCUUCCUUCUUCCAUUGAUUUCCAGAUGGGCAAUAGACGAUUUGAACUGCUCAUUUCUCUUUUUUCAAUCCUUUGUUUGGUUUGGUUUUCCUCUGGAUUUUCCCCCGUGGAUAAUUUGCUCAUUGAUUGUGGAUCAUCCACCAACACAACUGUGGAUGGUAGAGUUUUCAUGGCGGAUGACUUGGCAUCUGAUUUACUCUCCACUCCAGAAAAACUCCUUGCCAACACCUCAAAACCCGUCACCUCCUCCAAUGAUUCAUCACUUUACCAAACAGCUAGAAUCUUCACCUCCACCUCCAAGUACACUCUCCCCAUCCGCCAAUCUGGAAGGCACUGGAUUCGCCUGUAUUUUUUCCCAUUUGUUUCUGGCACCCACAACUUGAGUUUAGCCAACUUUGCUGUUUCCACCCAAGAUCAUCUUCUGCUCAGUGAUUUCACUGUACGUUCCAGGGUUGUCAAGGAAUUCUCGGUAAACGUCACCACAAACACCCUUAUCAUCACCUUCAUUCCAUCCAAUAAUUCAUUUGCAUUCAUAAAUGCCCUGGAGGUUGUCUCAGUUCCAAACCAGUUGAUUACAGAUGAUGCCAGCGUUAUUGGUCAAGCUGGGGGAUUUCUGGGCCUGUUAUGGCAGGCAUUAGAGACUGUUGCUAGGGUUAAUAUGGGUGGACCAACUAUUACUCCCAGCAAUGAUACACUAGGUAGAACUUGGGUGCCUGAUGGGAAUUUCCUUGUAGAGAAGAACCUUGCCAAGAGUGUGUCUAAUAUUGGAGCUGUUAACUAUGUGGAUGGUGGGUCAACACCUGAUAUUGCUCCAAAAACUGUGUAUGGUACUGCUUCUGAGAUGAAUUCAGCUGAUAAUCCCAUCAACAAUUUCAAUGUAACAUGGGAAUUCUCCAUUAAUCCUGGUUAUCAGUAUCUUCUCCGGUUUCAUUUUUGUGAUAUAGUGAGCUUGUCCCUCAACCAGCUUUACUUCAAUGUUUAUGUUGAUUCUUGGCUGGUUGUUAGGGAUCUUGAUCUUAGUACUUACUUGGUUAAUACUUUGGGUGCUGCAUAUUACAUGGAUUAUGUUACAGUGCCGGCAGUUAGCAAUAAGCUUCGUGUUAGUAUCGGCCCGUCUGCUCUGCAUUUGGAUUUCCCUAAUGCUAUUCUGAACGGGUUGGAAAUCAUGAAAAUGAACAAUUCUGCAGGCAGCCUUAGUGGACCACCGAUUAAUUUAUCCGCUUCAAGUUCAAAGAAGAAUGUUGCAAUGAUAGUGGGUGUGACUGUUGGUGCAUUUUUUGCAAUGGUGUUGGCUGGAAUUCUCUUUCUGGUGUGCAGGAGAAGGAAGCUGUUGGCUCAGGGUCACUCGAAGACAUGGAUUCCGUUGUCCAUUAAUGGAGAAACUUCCCAUACAAUGGGAAGUAAAUGCUCGAAUGGUACUAUUGCCAGCAUAGCUUCCAACUUAGGAUAUCGCUAUCCUUUUGCAGUUGUUCAAGAGGCAACAAACAACUUCGAUGAGAGUUGGGUUCUCGGAAUUGGUGGUUUUGGCAAGGUGUACAAGGGUGUGAUGAAUGAUGGAAUGAAAGUAGCUGUCAAGAGGGGAAAUCCCAAGUCUCAUCAGGGACUUGCCGAGUUUCAGACUGAAAUUCAGAUGUUAUCUCAUUCAGAACCGCCAUUUGGUUCGUUGAUUGGUUACUGUGAUGAAAAAAAACGAGAUGAUCUUGAUCUAUGAAUAUAUGGAAA